ACCACUUCGACCACAACUAAGACAUCAAUCAUUAAGAAUGACUUGCAUUUAGACAAAGAGCGACGAAAUGCCAAAGUUUUAAAAUCUAUUCAACAACAGCUAAAUGUCGACCAAAACGCAGCCCUAAAACCUGACACCAAAAGACCAUUUAAUUCGAGAGACGACGCCUGCAAAAGAUUGCUUCGAUAUCAUGUCUUCAACGCUCCCGUAAUGAGUACUUCAGAUAUGGAUAAAAGCGAUCAAUUGUUUGAAAAAGUUUCACAACAUUUGUUGCAAAAGAAACAGCAGUUAUUCGACAAGUUUAGAGUUCUCUUACUAAAGCAGAGUAUGAAAGAAACCAAUUCUGCCGAACAUGUAAUGAUUGACCGAAUGUUUAUAAACGACGAAAUGAAUUCACUUAAAACGGACAGAGAAACGGUAGCCGAA